CAUGGAUGACACAAUAACGGUCAAGCGCAACAGUUUGACAGAAUUUCAUGAAAUUGAAACUGUAAUCAAGAAGGAAUCAGAGAAUGUUGUACCAAAUGAAUUGCCAUUUUACAGAAACAGAAUUAUACUCGGCAAGAUACAUGUAGACGAGUCUGAUGAAGAACGAGAAGUUGAUGCACCAGGUGACUGUAAUAAUGUUGUAAACAACAAAACAAACAAUGAUGCAGAUUUGGCAGUGUCAAUAUACACUGAUGUAAAUAGAAGCAUGAGGAUAACUAAACAGUAUUAUGAAAUGGAAAAAUGUAUGCAAGCGAAAAUUAAUCUAACAAACUGUUAUACAACUCUAUUGAACCAUAACUGUUACUGUGCUCAGUGUGCAGUGUUGUUCCCCACCACUGAAGCGUAUAGUGAACAUUACACGAGCACACAUACCGAGACCACUCACUCAACUAAAGCCUCGGCUUCUCUUGUGAAACAUAAACAAAUCAUAUACCCACGUGAGAAAGCAUUUGUGUGUGACUCCUGCACGAAAACAUUCAAUAAAAAAAGUAGCUUGAUAGAGCACAUGUUAAUUCACACUGGCGACAAGCAAUUCGAGAGUGACAUUUGCACGAAAUCAUUCUACCGAACAUGUCAUUUGAACAGCCACAAGUUAGUUCACACUGGCGAAAAGCCAUUCAAGUGUUACAUUUGCAUGAAAACAUUUAGAGGAAGGAGUCAUUUGAAGAGCCACAGCUUACGUCACACUGGUGAAAAGCCAUUCCAGUGUGAAACUUGCAAGAAAAUCAUCAGAAAUAUAUGGAAUUUAAAACAACACAAGUUAACACACACUGGUGAAAAGCCAUUCCAGUGUGAAACUUGCAAGAAAAUCUUCAGAAAUAUAUGGAAUUUAAAACAACACAAGUUAACACACACUGGCGAAAAGCCAUUCGAGUGUGACAUUUGCACGAAAACAUUUAACCAAUUAACAAAUUUGAAGAAACACAAGUUACUACACACUGGGGAAAUGCCAUUCCAGUGUGAAAUUUGCACGAAAUCAUUUAACCAUAGAAGUAAUCAUAAGAGGCAUAUGUUAACUCACACUGAAGCUAAAUCAUUCCAAUGUGAAACUUGCAAGAAAAACUUUAAACAUGUAUCGGAUUUAAAACGACACAAGUUGAUUCACUCUGGCGAAAAGCCAUUCCAGUGUGACAUUUGCAUGAAAACAUUUCUCCGUAAAGGUAGUCUUAAGAGGCACAUCAUGUUACUUCAUACUGCAACACAGGCAUAUGAUUCUGAAGAAAUGUGUCGGAAAAAAUGUAAGAUCCGGGAAACAUGAGGAAACAUAGUACAUGACACGGCGUGAAACAGCGGGAUGUCAGUGAGUGUCAGUGGGGCGCGCUGCGGGCGAGGGCUCGGCCUCCGCCUGUCCCCUCACUGCAGGCAGCGCCGGCGACGCACAGGCCGCGUUGUCGACACGCUCUCCUACACCCACAUACAAGCGACUCCACCUACACUAACCACCUCAGUUGCAAUUCUGACAUCGGCGCGGACGGUCGCUUUCUAGCGGCGCCGUCUGUAGCCGUCACGUGUGACUCACUACUGAGUGACCCGGCUGCUCAAGGACAGCGUCCUGUUGUACACCGAGAUGCCUGAAAUCCCGGCUCAAUUGGAAGCCUCGGAACAGUAUAAAAUGUAUUUAAAUCGGUUGAUUAUAAGAACUAUUUGGUUCUAUAUUUUUAAUAAACAUUAUUAUGGCAUAAUACUGA